AUGGCAUCACUAAAAGAGGAGUUAGAACAACAGCUUUUGGUACUUGGAACUAAGCUUGCUAACCCUCCUUCACAUUUUGAUGGACUUCUUACUCUUCUCCACCAAGUAGAGAAUUAUUUGUCAAAAGUGAAGCAGUUCCCUACGAAAUCUAUGCACAUUGCACUUGGCCCAUCUAUGAAAGCAUUGGUUUUAGAACAACUUUUUAAGCAUUCUGGGAUGAAUGUUAAAAUAGCAAUUGCCUCUUGCAUUAGUGAAAUAACUAGAAUUAAUGCUCCAGAUGCUCCUUACGAAGAUGAUCAAAUGAGAGAUGUUUUUAAGCUAAUUGUCUCAUCAUUUGAACAUUUAGCUGACCAGUCUAGUCGAUCAUACAAUAAAAGGGAUUUGAUUCUUGAAACUGUUGCAAGAGUUCAACCAUUUUUGGUGAUGUUAGAUCUUGAAUGUGAUGAUCUAAUAAUUGAGAUGUUUCAGCAUUUCCUAAAUGCCAUAGGGGAUUAUCAUUCGGAGAGCAUCUUUUCAUUCAUGGAGACUAUUAUGACUCUCGUCUUAGAAGAAAGUGAAGAUAUUUCUCCAAAAUUGCUUUCUCCCCUUUUAGCUAGCGUGAGGAGGAGCAAUGUGGAAGUUUUAUCUGCUGCACAUAAGUUGGGAGAAAGAGUACUUGAAAAUUGUGCUAACAAGGUUAGACAUUAUUUGCAACAUGCUGUGAAGUCUUUGGGUAUUUCUGUAGGAGAUUACAGUGAAAUAGUUGCCUCUAUAUGCCAAUUAGGUGGCACUGUUGAACAAAAUGAUGGCCAUGCUGUUAUUGACUGUAUAAUUGAAGAAAGUAAACUAGUUGGAGUAUUAUUGAAUGGGGUUGCCCAGGCCAAUAAAGAAAUAGCAGCUGAAGCAUGUUUUCCCAGACAAGCUGAUUCUAUAAUUGACAAAUCUUCUAAAUCAUUAGAAAACAAUAGUGUUGCACAGAACUGUGAAGAUCAUCUCUUCAUAGAUUCAUGUUCCUUAAAGAAGCAAGAUGAUGAUAAUCAUUUUGAUCAGUCCCAUAGCAUUGACAUGAUAAGCAAUUUUGAGAAUGAUAUUUUGGAUAAUGAUAAGGGAGUUAAUGGGGUAAAUAAUUUAGAACACAGUUCUCCUUUUAAUGUUGAGAAGGAAAUUCAAAAUUUAUCUAAUUCUCUUGCUCAUGCUCAUGGUGAAUUGAAGAGCUUUUCAUUUAGAGAUGUCAUUGAUUUUAUCUGUUUAGGUCUUUUUGGAUAUGCAAAGGAAAGCAUGAAGUGCUUAAUUUUAAGCCUAUUGCCAGCAUACAAGAAUGAAGAUUUGAUUGUUCUCCUAAUAUAG